AUGGGCGACAUUUGCUGCUUUCUCAUGUCCAACAACAAGGGAGCUUUUGUUGUUCACUCCCGCAACGAUGGCCUAUCUGAACAGCCUUGUCGAAUCAUGGUUUCAGUUGCCCCUGACAUCGACACCUCCAUCAGCGUCAUCAUGAAGAAUCUUCAAACUGAGGCAAACGACUCCAGGUUGGUCCGAGCGUCAAUCUAUGAAGGGUUCAAGACGGACAGCGCAAAAACGUCCCAUCUUGAUCCGUUGUUGGACUACUUGGGUUUCUGCACAUGGAAUGCUCUUGGACUAGAGCUCACACAAGACAAGAUCUUGGAAGCCCUGCGUGUUUUACGGGAUAACAAUAUCCGAAUAUCAACUCUACUGAUGGACGAUAAUUGGCAGAAACUUCAAGGGACAGAAUUGGGCAACCAGCAUCAUGACUAUCGCGUUCUCGCCGAUUUCAGGGCCAACGAAGCAUUUCCCGACGGUCUCAAGUCUUUCACCACUCGUGUUAAAGCUGAGAAUCCCUUUGUCACCGAAAUCGGAGUCUGGCAUGCACUAAUGGGCUAUUGGGGUGGUCUUGCAGCGGAAGGCUGGAUCGUUGACAACUAUGAAACUGCUGACGUAGCUGGCAAAGUCUAUUAUGCCACCCCAACGACGAUAAGAUCAAUCUCCGCCUCACAUUUGAACAAAUACUACGACGACUUCUACACAUACCUGGCAGCCUCCGGGAUUACUUUUGCAAAGACAGAUGUCCAAUGUCUCUUGCACAACAUUCGGGAGGGCUCGGACCGAGCUGCCCUUAUUCCCGCGUAUCAAGCUGCCUGGACAAUGGCUCACUUUCGAAGGCUGGGCGGAAAGGCGAUCAGCUGUAUGCCACAGAUACCUGAAAUAUUGUGGCAGAGUCUCCUGCAGACCAAGACUCCGGCCGUCAUUUUCCGGAAUAGCGACGAUUUCUUCCCUGAGAUUCCCAGCAGUCGUAUGUGGCACAUCUGGACAAAUGCUCACAAUGCAUUGUUUACGCAGCAUUUGAACGUCGUGUUGGACUGGGACAUGUUUCAGAGCAAAGGGGAAUAUGGCCCGGCUCACGCUGCUGCGCGCUGCUUGUUCGGUGGGCCAAUAUUUCUCACUGAUACACCCGGAGAACAUGACCUUGCACUCCUUGAUCAGAUGGUUGCACCAAGUCCAGAUGGUGGGAGAAGCGUGAAUCUCCGGCCUUCAGUAUCUGCUAAAACUCCCCGUGCCUUUGACCGAUACCAAGAAUCGGGUGUUCUCAAAGCCAUCACCGAGGCGUCAAUUGGUGUCAAAUGCAUGGGGCUGUUCAAUACACGCCCCAUGAGUGUUGCAGCCAUGGUACCGGUGUCUGAGUUCUCAUCAAUAGGCGAGUCGCGAUGGGAGCCAGCUGCUGAAGUAGUCGUGCUCUCCCAUCAAACUCAGGCUAUCCGUGGCCCAGUCAAGUUAGGAGUCGCUUCAAGGGUACUUUCGGACGUAGAUAGUUUGAUUGAGGUGAACUUGCCAAUUGCAGGUUACGAAAUCCACUCUUGCUAUCAGACAUCCCGGCUCAUGUUGGGUUCUCGGGAGAGUUUGGUGGUCAUGCUUGGCUUGCUCGGAAAGAUGACUGGCGCGGCUGCAAUCUGCUCAAUGAAUUUGACAUCCAGUCAAGGCAAGAUCAUGAUGAGAGCUUCGUUGAAGGCACUUUGUAAAUUGGGAAUCUGGAUAUCUGGCCAAGCUGUUGAGAAGCACAAUAUUCGGGCGAAAUUGGAAGGCAUAGAUGUCCAUCAUACGUCGAUCGUGGUUGCUGAAAGCUCACAUAAUGGAGAAACGUCUCAGGUUCUGACCUUCGAUUUACUUCAAGAAUGGUCGCAGAAGCAUCAUGGUUCUACUCUUAAGCAAGUCCCGAUAGAACUAGAGCUGGCAGUUUAG